UGGUUACUCAUAAAAAAACCAACCGCUUGGUUAAAGCAAAGCAAGCACGGGCUACUCAUCAGAAAUCGACUUUCAUUUGCUGCACAGCGCACACACUGACGCUGAAGAAGAAGAAGAAGAAGAAGGAUGAGUUAUGUACAGCAAGCCAGAGAAAAUCACGUAAAAAAGAAAGUUGAAGAAGCUUUACGCAGCAAAAUGAAGCAGAAGGCUUUAAAGCAAUGUGAUCAAUACACUGCAAAAUAUGCUGAAUGUGCUGCAGGAAGGACCUUAUCAGUUGUUUGGCAAUGUCGUAAGCAAGCUAAAGAACUAAAUAAAUGUCUUCACCAGUA